UCUCUCUCUCUCUCUCUCUCUCACCACGGUCACAUUUGUAUCGGCAGGCUACAGUUCCCGAUAAACUUUGAUAAUCAUCUGUCGAGCGACCUGCUGACACUUUCUUCACACCGUGCAACGCAUCGAGUGAUUCUCACUAGUAUGGCAGAUAUUGUUUGUCACCGCUGCAAUAAGAUUAUAGAUGACAAGUAUGGUAUAGGUGCCAGUAUUCGCUGCGAUGAUACCUGCGGAAAGCUCAUACAUUAUAAUUGCACACAAGAUGAGGAUUUUCAUUUUUCAAAUAUCUUUGAUGGCUCUAAGCAGUUCUAUUGCGUAAAUUGCACGAAUCUGAAAGCAGUAGUUCCUCUUCUUCUUCUAUUGUGGUUGAAAAAGAAUGUCCGGAUGGAAAGUCAGAGUCAACUUCAAAACCGGAUGACAUUGCGCAAUUUGCUAGACAAUUUAAUUCUCUUCGAAGUUUCAUUAGUAGAUACCAAUAUUCACUAGAAAAACUUGCUACGAUAAUAGUGGAAUGUAAAAAAGUGAAUACAACCCACAACAUGUUGUGGGAAGUAUGCAAUAAAGUCUUACCGACUAGUAAGAUAGAAACAAUGCAGUUUCAAGAUACUGAAAUGGAAAAUUGUAUAAUCAAUAUUGAACGAGUACAAUUGCAUAUUAAACAGGAAAUUCGAAAUCUUCGAAUCAAAAUUAAAAAGGCGGCUUGUAAAUUGGCAGAUUUAAAAACUGAAUUUUCAUUUCUGAACAAACAAAAGCAA